AUGGGAAAAGCUCAGCAUCAGGACGACACAGCCAAAGAAACAGAGUACAGUCUAGUCCGGGUCAAGGGCACGUGGAGAUGCAGAGGGGGGAAGAAAAUCAAUAAAGGCACGGCUGACUGUGUCUCAGCUGCUAAAGUCUAUGAGAGCACCACGGAGAGGGGAAUGACCUGGACCGUGGUCAGCCCCAUCGUCUUUACCUAUAAGGUAACCGAGACCCGAGGCCUGCUGGAUCCCUCCAACGACACCCUCCUGCUGGGCCACGUCACGGAUCCGCAGCAGCUGGAGGACAUUAAGAAAGCCAACAAACCAAUCAGGCGCUUUGUGGUCGUCGACCAGGAAGUGUUCAAGAUCUACGGUCCCAAGCUGACCGAAUACUUCGAGGCCAACGGUGUUAUAUUCAAGGUCAUGGCUUUGCCCACCACCGAGGAGAACAAAUCCAUGGAAAUGGCCCUGAAGAUCCUCCACGAAGUCAACAACUUCUCCCUGGACCGCCGCACUGAGCCCAUCAUCGCCAUCGGAGGAGGGGUGUGCCUCGACAUCGUGGGCCUGGCCGCCUCCCUCUACAGGCGGCGCACGCCGUACGUCAGGGUGCCCACCACGCUGCUCUCCUACAUUGACGCCAGCGUAGGCGCCAAGACGGGCGUCAACUUUGCAAACUGCAAGAACAAGCUGGGCGCCUACAUACCGCCCGCUGCUGCCUUCCUCGACCUGUCCUUCAUCCAGAGCGUUCCUCGGCGUCAGAUCUCCAACGGCCUGGCAGAGAUGUUGAAGAUGGCCCUGAUGAAACACAGAGGGCUGUUCGAGCUUCUGGAGAAACACGGCUGUAUGCUGCUGGACACCAAAUUCCAGGCUGAGAGCUCCCUGUAUGGGCACAGUGGCGUGCAGGUGGCGUCGCAGGCCACUCGCACAGCCAUCGUGACCAUGCUGGAGGAGCUGGCCCCAAACCUCUGGGAAGACGACCUCAACAGGCUUGUGGACUUUGGCCACCUCCUCAGCCCAGCACUGGAGAUGAAAGUUCUCCCAUCUCUGCUGCAUGGCGAGGCGGUGAACAUCGACAUGUCCUACAUGGUUUAUGUCUCCCACGAGCUGGGUCUGCUGACAGAAGAAGAGAAGCAGAGGAUCAUCAGGUGCAUGGUGGGGCUGGAGCUGCCGGUCUGGCACGAGGCGUGCACUCUGGAGCUCAUCCAGAAGUCUCUGCAGGACCGGCUGAAGCACUCUGGAGGCCUGGUCCGGAUGCCUCUGCCAGUGGGUCUGGGCCAAGCAGAAAUUUUCAACAACACACCUUAUGAGGUCCUGCACAGAGCGUUUGUCCACUGGUGUGACGAGCUGAACAUCUCUUCGGACGGCAGCUGCGAAUCCUAA